UGUGAACACGUUAAUAGGGUGUGAAUAUAAUCGGAUAGUUUUUUCUUUUAUUGUGACAGCAUAAACCCAUUUUUAUGAUUUCUGAAAGGUUCUAGUGCAAUGUCGCCAUCUCCCGGCGGUGUGGGAAAUUGAUCGUGUGAUGGAAUAGAAAAUAAGGCUCUGAUUGGCGGGUUCCCCCUCCUAUAAUCCCAGCAUCAGAUGAAGAGCUGCCUGCUCGCAUCUCUCCCUCAGUGUCUUCACACACCACAUUGCAAAGUGCACACUUGCCGCUCAUACCUUUGUGUGUGUGUGUGUGUGUGUGAGUGUGUGUGUGUGUGUGUGGUGGUGUAUGUGUGUAUGUGUGUGUCUGGGAACGUGACAACAAUAAACAAACAUGACAAUCCGAAACACAGAACGGGAUCAUGGGCAGAGGUUCCGACCACGGAUGGCAUGUCUGAAGAAGGCGGAGGCGGUGCUGCUGGAGAUGCAGGAUCCCAAGACGGGGGUGAAGUCCCAGCCUCAGCGCCUGGUCAUCACCACCAUACCCCACGCCAUUAUGGGGGAAGAUAUAGUGGCAUGGUUAGCUGACAGAUUCAACAUUGACUUCCAAGAGGCCCGGAGUGUGGGCUGCAGGCUGGUGGCGUUUGGGUACAUCUACCCCCUGUCAGACCACAAGCGGCUGGUUCUGAAACCCGACGCCUCCCUCUACCGCUUCCAAACGCCGUAUUUCUGGCCGGCACAGCAGUGGCCAGUGGAGGACACAGACUACGCAAUCUACUUGGCCAAGAGAAAUAUACGCAAGAAAGGCCUCCUGGAGCUCUAUGAGCAGGAGCAGUACAACCAUCUCCACAAGUGGAUGAACCACAAAUGGGACUUCAUCGUCAUGCAGGCUAAAGAGCAGUACAGAGCGGGCAAGGAGAGAAAGAAGCCAGACCGUGUGGUGUUUGACUGUCAAGAACGUGCUUACUGGGUGGUCCAUAGGCCAGCGCCAGGUACCGUCAGUGCGAUGGACUAUGGUUUAAACAGACUGGUAGAUCCUAAUGCAGUGGAGACAAAAACCCCAGACUACUAUGGAAGAAUCAUGAUCUUUGACCAGCAGUCCAUCAUGAGGCCCAGGGUGAAAUCAUCGGUGUCCAUCGGAGGGUUGGUGAAACACUGCACCACCUUUAAACACCACGACCCCUUCCUGGCUCCGUGCCUGCCGAGCAACCCUUGGGUCAGCGAUGACGCCUCCUAUUGGACUCUGAACGGGGCGCAUGUGGAGGUUCCCACCAAGAUGCGUGUGGAAAGGUGGACCUUCAGCUUUGGAGAGUUGCUUUCAGACCCUCGCGGACGAGAUGACUUCAGACUCUUCCUCAAGAAAGAAUUCAGCGGGGAGAACCUGGCCUUCUGGGAGGGCUGUGAGGACCUGAAGUGGGGGACGGCGGCCACCAUGAAGGACAAAGCCCAGCAGAUUUACAAAACCUUUCUGGCGCGGGGCGCUCCGCGGUGGAUCAACAUCGACGGGAAGACCAUGGAGGUGACUGUGAAGGGGCUGAAGCACCCCCACAGAUAUGUGCUGGACGCCGCCCAGACACACAUCUUCAUGCUCAUGAAGAAGGAUUCCUUCGGCCGCUACCUCAAGUCCUCAACAUUUAAAGACACCCAGAAGAACGCUAUCAGUCCUGACGAGCACAAGUUCAGCCCCAGCCAGCUGGAGCAGAACGCCAAGAAGCGGCGCCCGAGCCUCAGCCCGAUCGCCGUGCGGCAGAUGGAGGCGGAACAGCGGGCCAAGCUGGCGGCCAGCGGCCCCGUGGACAUCACGCAGCUGUGCCGCUUCACCGCCCCCGUCCCCCACCUCUCCGUCUACUCCGGCAUCACCGACCCCCCCUCAGCCAACGCCUCGCCCCCGCUCCCCUUCCUCAGCCACUCCCCCGCCUGCCCCUCCCCCAUCAGCGUGGCCAUCGACAGCACCCCCGCCUCGGAGCGCAAGGGGGGCGCCGCGGCGAGGGAGGGGGGCGGGGAGCACGGCGCCGAGGGCGACGGCGCCGGCGGGGGCGGGGCGGCCGGGUCGAAGUCCCGCGUGGCUCUGUCUCUGGGCCGCCUGCUCAAGAGAGGCUGCGGCCCCUCCACCGUGUUCGCCAGCCUCUCGCCCAAAUGCCCCGCCCCCGCCAGCAUGAGCAGCCGCGUGCAGCCAAUCGGCACGGACCCGCCCGCCCAGGCCCCGCCCAGACGCAUCGCCAAUUUCUUCCAGAUCAAGGUGGACAUUCCCCCGGAGAGCCGGAUCUACCCCAUCGACUCUGAGGAGGAGGAGGAGGAGGAAGAGCGCAGGAGGGGCUCCCGAGAGGGCGAGGGCACCAAGGAGAUCAUCUGCCCCUGGGAGAGCCUCACCCCUCAGGACGGGACGGGCUAGUGGACCCCCCCUGACCACAAGCUGGAGAUGACGGAGUUAUUCAUUCAUUUAUUUGUUGGUGAACAAAUUAUUUUUUUCAAUAUUUUCCAUCGAUUUCUUAUUAUUUUUUCCUGCAAUUCAGAAGCUAUUGAUAAAAAAAUGAAGUUUAUUUCAUAUGUGUGAGUAUAUGAAGCAAGGGUAUCAGCCAACAGAAGAUUAUAAAUCAGACUCCAGAUACAGAGAUAUUCAGCAUCAAUUCUCCACUUUUACCAUUUCUUCACGGGCACUAAAAUGUAGCCUUAUUGUUAGCAGUCGCUAGUAACUCAACCAGCUUCUACCAGUCUGAUCCCAUGGAGGUCAGAGACAAGAGUUUAGUCAGAAGAAGUUAUAGUAGGGACCAGCCAAGGGCAGUACUAUAACAAGCAGUAUUUUAUUAAAAUGUGUUCCUUAAGUUAUAGUCCGGUAAUGAUGAUGCAUCACUAAUGCAUGACAACUGAAAGUGGACGCUUUUUAUUUGUUUGCUGUUUUACCGGGGGCUCGUUUGUUAUACGAAACUCAUUACAGACCCAAUAGCAUCAUAUCAACCUGUAGAUUAAUCCCAAAACAAAUGUAUUGUAGCCUAUUAAUAAAAUAGUUAAUUGCGAGUGUCUGUUUAGCAGCAGACAUGAGCAGCAUUUGGAAUCUUUUCGUACAUGUGCCUGUUGGGUAUAUUCUAACAAAUAUAAAGUGACGAAUAAUAAUGUAAACUUUUAUGAAGUAAAAUCAAUUGUGUGCUGUUUUUUGUGCUGUCGACUAGAUGUAAGUGCCCAACCCUGGAUAAACAAACCUCUUCCACAAACUACAAAUGUGAAACGUCUCAAUAGAUAGGAGGUCUUGGGUGAGCCAGCACAUGCAUGACAUGUUAAUACGUUGCCAUAUUGGUGUUAAAUAUCUACCUUUUGUCAGAGAGAUAGGGGUUAUGGGUAUCUGUUUUGUAUUUGUUUAUUCUGCUGUUUUGUACACUUUAUAUAGCAGUUAUAUAUUGUAACAACCGGGAGAGAGCCGAUGUGUUUUUCAAAGGGGGAUAGCUCAGCGUGAUUUAUCAGAAUAUUACCUUUCACUUGUUUACAAAUGAAAAAACAACGAAAAAAAAAUAGCUCCAUUUAUACAUUCCAUGGCUUUUGUCAAGUGCCUCAAUAAAUUACCGUCUUAAAACCUU